AUGACGUUUGUUAAAGGUUCAGAAACACUCAUUGCUUCAUUCGAUACUGAAUAUAACACGAAUUAUACUGCAUCAACUGAAUCCCGUGAUAACAAUGAAACUCUUGUCCUGAACACAUUAAAAUCAACUGAAUCCCAUAAUAACCAUGAAACUCUUAUCCUGAGCACAUUAAAAUCAACUGAGUCCCAUAAUAACAACGAAACUCUUGUCCUGACAACAUUACAAUCAACUGAAUCCCGUAAUAACAAUGAAACUCUUGUCCUGAGUACAUUACAAUCAACUACUAUUGCCUUGACAAACAAUAAUGAAACACAUGAAUCAUUAGGUCAAACUACAACUGACAUUCCUUACUCAACUGUUAAACAACUCGAAUCUGAUACAGAAACGAAGUCUCCUGAUUCAAAUGAGACUUUAGUUGAUAUGCAUCAGUUAGUUAAUCAAGAGUCAACAUCUAAUGACACAGAAUUUACAGAUAUUAACAAGUGGAUCGAACAUGCAUAUGCAUCUGAUCUGAAGCUGAUAGACGCAUUGAUAUUUGAUUGGAUGAAAUCAGGUCAUGAUGAAAUUACUGAUGAAUUCCAUUUCCGUGACAUGGCUUUUGAAACUUGUUGUCAAACAGCGGAAAAACAGAAUGAAACACUGAUAACAGCAUAUAUCGAGAACUAUGGCAUACCAGACGAGCAAGAGAAAAUAAUUGAUAGUUGUGCUAAAGAAUUAACUGGACUUGAUGAUACAGCAUGUGAAGUUGAUAGAGAUUAUUCAAAUAAAGCUCGUAAUAAAAAAACUGAGAAAUAUAAAAAUGCAUCAUUAUUGAGAAAGAUCAAUUAUCAGAUCGAACACAAAAUUUAUCCAAGCAAUAUUGUUACUAAUUAUUAUUGGACAACAUAUAAUACAUGUCACUCAGCAUUUUUUAUAUUAUGGAAACCAUUUGCACUUGAUAAAUGUGAAAGAGAUUAUCGUAAAAAAUUAUUAUCCGAAAAGCCUAUAAAUUUCGAAAAGUAUUAUAAAUUUCAUGAAGAAAUAAGAAAAUAUAAGAUUCUUAAUUCCCAUCCAAUGGUUUUAUAUUAUGGAAAACGUGCACAUACUUAUCGAGUUUGUUGCGGAAGAAUGGAAACAGAUGAACUAUUUGAUCAAUAUCUGUUGUAUUAUAGUACCGAUUUUGUGAAGAUGGAUAAAUUAUUACGUGCAUGUCUUCUCAAACAGAGUAAAUCGAGUUUAGAAGCUGGUGUUGUUUAUAGUGGAGAUUGUCAAGUAGCUUAUAAUGAACUUAGUGAAGUUAUAAAAAAACGUCAAAGCUUUCUUAAAAAAAGUUACAAUCAAGCAGAAAAUAUUGUUAAAAUUUUUCAAGAAGCUAUUACAUUAAAAUUGAGCGAAGCAACAAUAAUAAAAUCAAUGGGAAUAGUUGUCAAUCAAUAUUGUCCUGAUCAACAUGUAUUAGAAUUAUUAUUUGAUAUAGAUAAACUUAUUCAUUGUGAAGAACUUGCACGUAUAGCUAUAGCACAAAAUGGUUCCAACAAUUAUUAUAAAUAUCAGAACUCGAUCAGUAAUCCAUUUAUUGAUAUAGUAAUUGAAGAUUUCAAAGGUCUAGAACAAGCUCUAACUAAAAUUGUAUCCCUACCCGAAACAAAAUCAAUUCAAAAAAGAUCUCUAGAUACACAUCUAAAUAGCGGCGACACAUCUAAAGUUAUUGAUGAUACAUCCAGCGAUACGUCUGAAUAUAGCGACGAAGCACACUCGAAUCCUACUUCUACAUCCAAGAACACAAAUCUAAAUGGCGCCGUCACAUAUACGGUGUUUGCUGGUUCAUUCAAUAAUAUACCUCAAAAUAUCGACACAGCACACCUGAAUCCUAGUUCUACAUACAAGAGUACAUAUGUAAAAAGCGGUGGCAUAGGUGGGGUUUUUGGUAAUUUCAUCGGCGAUACGUCUCAAAAUGUCAAGUAA